CGCAGGGGGGAGCGGCGGGGAAUGGCCGGUGGCGGGUGAGUCACUGCCGCAGCCCCACCUGCGUACUUAAUCGCCGCCGGGCGGCCGGCGCCGCACUCGCGGUUGUGCCGUCGCCGUGGCCGGGAGCGGCUCUCACUCCUCCUCCUUCUCCUCCUCCUCGCGGGGCGCUCGGCUGAGGCGGGGCAGCUGCUGCAUGAGCGUUGCUCUCUGGAGCUGCGGAAGCACCGACAGCGCUGAAAAUGCCGAAACCGAUCAAUGUUCGAGUUGUUACUGUGGAUGCAGAGCUGGAGUUUGCCAUCCAGCCAAACACUACAGGCAAACAGCUGUUUGAUCAGGUGGUUAAAACCAUUGGUUUGAGAGAAGUGUGGUACUUCGGUCUGCAGUAUGUAGACAACAAAGGAUUCCAGACUUGGCUGAAGCUGGACAAAAAGGUUUCUGCUCAAGAAAUCAGAAAGGAAAAUCCCCUUCAGUUCAGGUUCCGUGCCAAGUUCUUCCCAGAAGAUGUGGCUGAAGAGCUGAUACAGGACAUCACGCAGAAGCUUUUCUUCCUCCAGGUGAAGGAAGGGAUUCUCAGUGAUGAGAUCUAUUGUCCUCCUGAAACAGCAGUGCUUCUUGGCUCCUAUGCUGUGCAGGCCAAAUUUGGAGAUUACAACAAAGAUGUGCACAAGCCUGGAUACCUCAAUGCAGAGCGUCUGAUCCCCCAGAGGGUGAUGGAUCAACAUAAACUCUCCAGAGAGCAGUGGGAGGAACGCAUCCAGGUUUGGCAUGCUGAACACAGUGGUAUGCUCAAAGAGAAUGCCAUGCUGGAAUACCUGAAGAUUGCUCAAGACCUUGAGAUGUAUGGAAUCAACUACUUUGAAAUCAAGAAUAAGAAAGGAACUGACCUCUGGCUGGGAGUUGAUGCCUUAGGGCUCAACAUCUAUGAAAAAGAUGAUAAACUGACUCCAAAGAUUGGUUUCCCCUGGAGUGAAAUCAGAAACAUCUCCUUCAAUGACAAAAAGUUUGUAAUAAAGCCCAUUGACAAGAAGGCACCUGACUUUGUGUUUUAUGCCCCUCGUCUGAGAAUUAACAAGAGGAUCCUGCAGCUCUGCAUGGGCAACCAUGAACUGUAUAUGCGACGCAGGAAGCCUGACACCAUUGAGGUGCAGCAGAUGAAGGCCCAGGCCCGGGAGGAGAAGCACCAGAAGCAGCUGGAAAGGCAGCAGCUAGAAAAUGAAAAGAAGAAGAGGGAGACAAUUGAGAGGGAGAAGGAGCAAAUGUUGAGGGAAAAGGAAGAACUGCUGGUGAGGCUACAAGAGUAUGAAGUGAAGACCAAGAGAGCAGAAAAAGAGCUCUCAGAUCAGAUCCAAAGAGCUCUUCAGCUGGAGGAAGAAAGGAGACGAGCUCAGGAGGAAGCAGAACGUUUGGAAGCUGAUCGUCUGGCUGCUUUGCAAGCCAAGGAAGAGCUGGAGAGACAAAAUAUUGACCAGAUAAAGAGCCAGGAACAGCUGGCCGCAGAGCUCGCAGAGUACACAGCCAAGAUUGCACUUCUUGAAGAGGCAAGGAAGCGUAAGGAGAACGAGGUUGAAGAAUGGCAGAUCAGAGCCAGGGAAGCCCAGGAGGAUCUGGUGAAGACAAAGGAGGAGCUGCACUUGGUAAUGACUGCUCCACCUCCACCUCCACCCAUCUACGAGCCAGUGAACUACCACGUGCACGAUAACCUGCAUGAUGAGGGGUCUGAGUACUCUGCCUACAGUGCAGAGUUCUCCAGUGAGGGGAUCAGGAAUGACCGCAAUGAGGAGAAGCGCAUUACUGAAGCAGAGAAGAAUGAGCGUGUGCAGAGGCAGCUGAAGGCACUGACAGAUGAACUGGCGCAGGCUAGAGAUGAAGAUAAGAGGACCCAAAAUGAUAUCAUCCACUCGGAGAACGUGCGACAGGGCCGUGACAAGUACAAGACGCUGCGGCAGAUCCGACAAGGCAACACCAAGCAGAGAAUUGAUGAGUUUGAGGCAAUGUAACGAGUGCUUACAACAAGAAGGCAAGACUGUGGGAAAGGCAGAUCUUAAUGCUGUGGUUUUGGUUUUGUUUUUACCCUGAGGAGGGGCACUGUAUGGUAUUUAACAAAUGUUCUCUAAACCCAGAGGUGUUUGCAUCUCCCUUUUCUUCCAUACCAUGUAUUAAAUUUGGUAUAGUUAAAAAUCGAUCUUACCUCUGAUCCUGGUAACUUGCUCAUGCCUUUGCUUCGUGCCAAAAGGCCUUAUGUCACAUCUCUCUUUAACCAAAACAAAUCCACAUCUAGUUGUAGAGACAUGUCCUGUGCAGGUGCUGGAUUCACCUUGGUCUAAAAAUUAGCAACUGGGGGUGAAUUUUGUGCCAUAUGUCUUUGUGUUAAUGUCCAACAGGUGAGAGGUCACAAGUCAGGAAUUGCAAACAGCUGUGUGUGCACUGAUGCAUGCACAUGCACUCUGUUUUGUCUUUAUGUCCACCUGACACACAAGCAAAAGAGAACUGACAGCACCUCAGAACUGUACUGCAUUGAAAUAGGGCUUUUCCUGCUUGCUGUGCUUAACUGGAGAAGUGCUGCAGCAGCUCUGAAGUGUGGCACAGAACAGGGCACCCUCCUCAUGUAACAACUAGGCAAACAUUCUGUUGGAAUAAUACACUACUGUGUUUGCAUUCCAGUUUCAUAACUGAUCAGUUAUAGUGUAGUAUUUAUAUAUAUAUAAAAAUAUGCAGUAUGUGGAUUGAAGUAAGUACUAGUUCAAAAGGGAAAUAGUUUUGCUCUGUAUAUUUUGUUACUUUUCAGAUUUAAUGACUCGCAUCUGUAAAGACGCCUGAACACUGUAGUCUGCAGUAUAACUGAUUAUUUACUAUAAAGCAUUAUUUGUAAAGAUCAUUUUUUUACUUAAUGAAAAUUGAUAUGUACACAUGGAUCCAAUAUAUACAAUUUUACUGCACCUAUUUUUCUAACAAAUUUUCUAAUUUUUUAAAUGUUUGAUUUAAAGUUUCAGACUCCAAACAUGAAGGGACUGCUUGUUUAUAUCACAGGUGUAUCUCUCUAUUAGAGAGCAUUUCUGUGACCAUUCCUUCCCCACUGAUCUCCCCCUUUUCCUUGAAAAUCUGUUAGAAAGUGAGAUAACAGCAUGGUGUCAGCUCUUCUCUUCCAUUUACAACAUCUGUGCUGCUUUAUACUCGAGUUGAAUCUUCUUGUGUGGUGUUAUUUUUUUUUUUAUUUGCAGCAGCAAACAUCUAAAUAAAAGAUCUGCAAAGUAACAAA